AUGCUCGACGCGGGCGCCGCAAGAAAGUCCAGAAGCCUCCUGUUCUUAGGCCUUCGCCCAGGCCCGUCAUGCCAACGCCAAAAGAAGCGGGUGCGUGACGCAGAGACGCCGGAGACAAGGCGCCGACGAACGGAGAAGAAGCGGAAAGCUUACACCGUCAAGGAGAAGCUUUACUGGCUCAAGAUGCUUGACGCGCAGCCCCCUAUGAGCGUCCGAGGUUUGGCCAAGCUCGCCAAAGUCCAGCCGAAGCAGAUCCUCGCUCACCUCCGCGAUAAGGCGGAGGUGGAGGUGCUGGAGGAUGUGUGCGAGGAGGAGCUUGAGGAGCUCGUCCCCAACCCGUUCUAUCCUGACCCUGCUGCCCCUUCGAGCAAGGACAAGGAUGCUGCCUCCUCUUCAGCUGAGGAGGAGGAGGAGGAGGAGGAGGAGGAGGAGGAGGAGGAGGAGGAGGAGGAGGAGGAGGAGGAGGAGGAGGAGGAGGAGGAGGAGGAGGAGGAGGAGGACGAGGAGGAGGACACGGACGAGGAGGAGGGGGACGAGGAGGACGAGGAGGGUGAGGAGGGUGAGGAGGAAGGCGGUGCAGAGGUGGAGGGUGGAGCGGGUGAGGAGGAGGAUGAUGGCGAUGAGUGGUGGGCAGAAGGGCGAUAUGAGGGGGAGGAGGUGGAGAUCUGGGUUGCUGGAGAGGAUUAG